AUGCUUCUCAAAUGGCACUCGAUCAUCCUCAGUCUCUACUGCUUCCAGCUCGCCUGCGUCACUGCCUUCAUCCCGCCCCAGCUCCCAGGUAAAUGUCCAACCUGCAAAAGCGACUACGUCUCAAUGCAAAUCAAGGACAUCGGGACCUGUAAUGCGAUAUUCACCUGUACGCAUGCUCGUCAA